AAAUGUGAUGAGUUUUUAAACACAAAGAGGGAGUAGCACUGGUAACCGACAAAUGAGCUUUUAAAAGCAAUACACAAUCUCCAUCUUUUCUCCAUUCUCCCUCCCAAAUUCUCUCAAUUGGGAAACCAUAACCAAAAUUGGGAGGCAGGACACCAUUUUCACACAAAAAUGGAAGAAAAUAACAGAAUAACAAUGUCGAUAAUGCCACAACGCCAUCUGCAUUGUCUCCUCAUCAUCUUACUCUGUGUUCUCGGUACAAUCACAUCCUCAGUAACUUCGAUAUUCGACUAUGGAGAUGCUCUGUCUAAGAGUCUUCUUUACUUCGAAGCCCAGCGUUCUGGACGUCUUCCUUAUAAUCAACGCGUCUCUUGGCGUCAUCAUUCUGCCCUCACCGACGGUCUUCAACAAGGGGUAGACUUAGUGGGCGGGUACUAUGACGCAGGAGACCACGUCAAAUUCGGAUUACCCAUGGCGUUUACAGUUACAAUGUUAUCGUGGGGAGUAAUUCAAUAUGGAUCCGAAAUCGAAGAGUCAGGUCAAUUGGAGCAUGCUUAUGAAGCAAUCAAAUGGGCUACUGAUUAUUUCAUUAAAGCGCAUACUAACCCUAAUGUUCUAUGGGUUGAAGUUGGGGAUGGAGAUACUGAUCAUUAUUGCUGGCAAAGGCCGGAAGAUAUGACGACGUCGCGGCAAGCGUAUAAGAUUGAUGAGGAGAAUCCUGGGUCUGAUGUUGCAGGAGAAACUGCUGCUGCCAUGGCUGCUGCUUCCAUUGUUUUUAGGAAGAUUAACCCUAAUUAUUCUUAUUUACUUUUGCGUCAUGCUAAACAGCUAUUUGAAUUUGGAGACAAGUACAGAGGAAAAUAUGAUGAAAGUUUGGAGGUGGUAAGAAACUACUAUGCAUCAGUAAGUGGGUACAAAGAUGAGUUGUUGUGGGCAGCUUUGUGGCUCUACAAAGCCACCGACAAUCAACACUAUCUGCAUUACACUCUUCAAAAUGCUCAUUCUUUUGGUGGGAUCGGAUGGUCUAUUUCUGAAUUUAGCUGGGACGUUAAAUAUGCUGGCCUCCAAAUCUUUGUUGCUACUCAGUUGUUAGCUGAUAAAAAGCACGAGCAACAUAGAACGAUACUCCAACAAUAUCACUCAAAAGGUAAAUAUUACCUAUGCUCAUGUCUUAAAAAGAACAAGAACGGAAGUAAUGUUGAGAAAACACCCGGAGGCCUCUUAUUCGUAAGGCAAUGGAACAACAUGCAAUAUGUCUCAUCGGCUGUCUUCUUACUGACCGUAUACUCUGAUUUCCUUCAAAUCACAAACCAAGUGCUCGAGUGCCCCGAUGGUCAAGUAAAUCAUGUGGAGAUGCUUAAUUUUGCCAAGUCUCAAGUUGACUAUAUCCUAGGCUCAAAUCCGAUGAAUAUUAGCUACUUAGUAGGCUACGGAGAAAACUACCCUAAAAGGGUGCACCAUAGAGGGGCUUCAAUUGUAUCAUAUAGAGAAAAUAAUGCCUUCAUAGGGUGCACCCAAGGCUAUGACAAUUGGUAUGCUAGGUUAGAUGCGAACCCCAAUGUUGUGGUUGGCGCGCUUGUUGGAGGACCCGAUUUUCAAGAUAAUUUUACGGAUGAUAGGGGGAAUUUCAUGCAAACCGAGGCUUGCACAUACAAUACAGCCCCCCUUGUAGGAGUUUUUGCAAAGUUGAAUCAAUUAGAUGGUCUUGAAGAUACUUCUCAAGAAUUAUCUUCCUCUUUUGCUUCCUUAAAGUAAGUGUAUAACCAAAUUUAUGAUCUUUGUGUAGUGUUUGAGUUAAAAUUUUCAUAUUAGUGUUUUUCAAAUUGUAAAGGUUAUCAGGGAUGGGUGUAUGUACCACCUCAAAUAGUAUACAAGUCUUGAAAGAAAUGGGGAAAUAUUGUACCUCAAUUUUCAAAUUUGUUUAUAAAAUUACAAUGGUUUCCUUGUUUGUGAAUAAGUAUUACAUGGCACCUAAAAU